GCGACAUGACAAGAAACAGAAGAUUUGAACAGAAAAAGAAUUUGUUAGCACUGACUGCAAUUCUAUCAUUAAUUAGUGGCAAUUAUGUGGACGUAGUUGCUGGUUAUGGUCAUCAUGGGGGUGGUUAUGGUGGUGGCGGCGGUGGAGGGGGUGGAGCAAGCAGUUCUGCUUCAGCUAGCGCUUCAAGUAACAGUUGGGGUAGCGGUGGUUGCGGCUCCAAUCACUGCGGCGAAGCAGCAGGUGUAAGUGGGAAUACUUUAGAAAGCGGUAACGCCGGCGGUAGUGGCGCAAUUUCUUUGCAUAAAGACGUCGAUUUAAGCGGUAUCAAGCAUGGUAUUGCUGGCACUGUUGGUGGCAUUUUGGAUGGCGUUAGUAAAUUUGCAUCUGCUGGGAAUCCCUUUUUAAACGGUGCGGGAAAAGGCGGUCUUAGAAAAGAAAAAACAUUCAGCGUAUCGUUAGGUGGUGGAUAUGGCGGUGCGCCGGGACGUUUGGGCUUUGAGGGAAGUGGUGGUGGGCUAAUCAGUGGCGGUUUCGGCGGUCAUGGAAGUUUUGGUGGAUUCGGAGCUGGACACAGCUUUGGAGGUGGUAGCGGAGGUGGAGCUGGCCGAGGCGAUGGUAGCGGCUUAGGAAUCGGCGGUUCAGGUGGAUUCGGUGGAGCUGGCGCUGGUGGUGCUGGUGGAGGUGGCGGUGCUGGCGGCGGUGCAGGAUCAGGCGGUUCUGGCGGUUUCGCUGGUUCCGGGAGUGCUGGUAAAGGUUACGGGGGAUCUGGUGGACCUGGAGCUAGUUUUGGUAAUGGAGGAGGUGCCGGUGGGGGCAGAGGAACUGGUGGAGGAAGUGGAGCUGGCCGAGGCGAUGGUAGUGGCUUAGGAACUGAUGGUUCAGGAGGAUUUGGUGGAGCUGGCGCUGGUAGUGGCGGUGGAGGUGGAGGAGGUGGCGGCGGUGGUGGAGCAGGCGGUUUUGGUGGUUUCGCUGGUUCCGGAAGUGGUGCUAAGGGUUACGGAGGAUUUGGUGGAGCAGGAGCUGGUUCUGGUAGUGGAGGAGGUGCCGGUGGAGGCGGAGGAGUUGGUGGCGGAGCUGGAGCCGGCCGAGGCGAUGGUAGCGGUUUCGGAGUUGGUGGUUCAGGAGGGUUUGGUGGAGCCGGCGCUGGUGGUGCUGGUGGAGGUGGCGGUGCUGGUGGCGGUGGUGGAGCAAGCGGUUCUGGCGGUUUCGCUGGUUCCGGAAGUAGUGGUAAAGGUUACGGAGGUUUUGGUGGAGCUGGAGCUGGUGCUGGUGGUGGAUUAGGCAGUUCUGGCGGUUUCGGUGGUUCUGGAACUGGUGGUAAGGGUUACGGAGGGUUUGGCGGAGCUGGAGCCGGCACGGGUGAUGGAAACGGCUUCGGAAUUGGCGGUUCAGUAGGAUUUGGAGGAGGCGGAGCUGGCGCUGGUGGCGCCGGUGGAGGUGGAGGCGCUGGCGGCGGUGGUGGAGCAGGCGGUUCUGGCGGUUUCGCUGGUUCCGGAAGUAGUGGUAAGGGUUACGGAGGUUUUGGUGGAGCUGGAGCUGGUGAUGGUAGUGGAGGAGGCGCUGGUGCCGGUGGUGGAUUAGGUAGUUCUGGCGGUUUCGGUGGUUCUGGAAGUGGUGGUAAGGGCUUUGGAGGUUUUGGCGGAGCUGGAGGCGGCACGGCCUUAGGAGGUGGCGGUUCGGGUGGUUUUGGUGGGACUGGGGUUGGUAGUGGAGCUGGGGUAGGGUCUAGCGCUGGUGGAGGCGCGGGCUCUUCUAGUUCUGGGGGGGGUGGUAAAGGUUAUGGCAGUCAUCGGGGAGAUGAAGUUAGUAGUGGUAGUGGUAUUGGCGGAUCUGAAGGUACUUCGGGUGGCUUCGGUCAUUUAGGCGCUGGAGGACUUAGUAAUCUUGGAAAUUUAGAUUUUAGUGGCCUUGAUUCGUCUCUAUUUGGCGGUGCAGGCGCCUCAAGUUUUGCUACUGCAAGUAGCAGUGCAAAUGCUGGCGGAUCUGGUGGUUGCGGUUCCAAUAAAUGCAGCGGCGAUAACGCUAACUCUAACGCUGGCAGCUACGCCAAAAGUCAUUCUGGUGCUUAUGCAAGUGCUUCUGCUUCGGCAUCUUCAUCGAGUUAUGGAAAAGGUCAUUAGAUUUUAAAUAGAACUUGCUUUAUUUUAAUAAACAUAAGUAUAUAAGACAUUUGACUAUAUAAUUAAUAUUUUCGGAAUUUUCGUUUGUAAUCUGUUUUCAUGUUUUCAUGUAACAAAAUAAAAAAAAAAAAGCACAACUUUAUUAGACAUACGAGAUUUGUUUGAAACACAAAUAAAAAAAAGAAAAUUACAAAGUGUGGAAGCAGCUGUUGAAAAACUCUA